CAGACUUCUAGCUCUCCAUGCGCCGGUGGGCGGUUCCCGCCCUGGAGCGUCGCAGCCAUUGGCUGCCGUGCUCGUCUGUCAGGACACGAUUACCAAUCGAUAUGUCCAAUCGGUAAAGGCCGCGGGGGCGGGGCUUAGACCCGCGAUUAUACGUCUUAGAAAAUCGAGAUAUCAGAAUGACAAUGUGAUCGGAGGGUGCCGGUGGUCGUGUCUUCCCCUGUGCGGCGAUUCUAUCGGCCGAUACCAGGAGAGAAAGAGGCGGGGGGAGCGAGGACAAGACCCCGCCCAGCAGGUCAGUGCCAGCCCCGGAACCGGGCCGAUUAUCGAGGUGCUUGGACAUUAGUCAAGCCAUGCAAACCGCAGAAGACGCUUGUGCCCAGCUGGAAGACGAGUUACUCUUUUGUGAAGACUGUCGCUUGUACUUCAGAGACUCCUGUCCACAGCAUGGAGCCCCGACGUUCAUCCUAGACACACCAGUUCCGGAAAACGUUCCUUCCCGGGCUCUUCUCUCCUUGCCAGAGGGAUUGGUAGUAAAGGAGAGACCACAAGGAGGAUUUGGGAUCUGGUGUACAAUUCCAAUCAUCCCACGUGGCUGCAUCUUUGGCCCUUAUGAAGGGGAUGUCUUGGCGGAUCGGAGUGACUGCACUGUUUUCUCUUGGGCGGUACGGGACAACGGGUCAUAUUUUUAUAUAGACGCUAGUGACGAUUCCAAAAGCAGCUGGAUGAGGUAUGUGGCUUGUGCAUCAACAGAGGAGGAACACAAUCUGACGGUCUUCCAGUAUCGGGGGAAAAUAUACUAUCGUUCUUGUCAGACUAUUCCAUCAGGAGCAGAACUUAUGGUAUGGAUUGGUGAGGAGUAUGCCAGAACCCUGGGCCUCAAACUAGGUGAGCAUUUUAAAUAUGAAUUUGGUGAAAAGGAACUGCUGAUGAAGUUAUUCCAAGAUUUACAGAUUAAACCAUUGGAUCACAUAUCAAGUCAAAACCAAUACCUCUCCAGUGAUAUGGUCAGCCCUAUAAUGCAGUCCCAUAAACCAAGCUAUCCAGUAAACAACAUCGGUCACUCCUCUGGAUUUCAGCUGCUUGAAGGAUCUCAGAACCUUGUUAGCCUUGGCCGCGCUCAGAGCCGGUACUGGACUUUUUUUGGCUUCCAAGGCGAUGCCUAUGGUCGGAUAAUUGAUAAAACUAAAAUAAUUUGCAAAAUCUGUGGUGUUAGACUUUCCUACAGCGGCAAUACAACUAACUUGAGACAGCAUCUUAUUUAUAAACAUAGACGAGAGUACAAUGAACUGGUGGGAACCCAGGGGGCAGUAGUUGACCCUCAAAAAAGUGUAGAAGUUGUUCCACCUCGUGAAGUGGCUUCUAGGGCUGUGGUGGCUCCUACAGUGGGAAGAACAACCAAAGCUGUGGCAGAUUUUAUUGUCCGGGACCUGAUGCCUGUUGAAAUAAUUGAAGGGGAAGGUUUUACUCAUUUGCUGUCAGUAUUGGACCCGAAUUACAAACUACCAGCAGCUUCUUUUCUGGCCCAUACCAUUUUACAUGAGAUGUAUGUCCAAGCGAAAAUAAAAGUGGGAGAGGUAGUGAAGAAUCUACAGGAUUGUUCAGUAAGCCUGGACUUAUGGAAGCACAGUGGUUCUUUGUCCUACCUCACUCUCAUUAUCCAUUACGUUGAUGAAGGAUUUGAAUCUAAGAACAUGGUGCUAUCCAGUAGGGUUGUCUCAGAAGACCUUUCUGAAGAUAGCCUGAAGUCAGUCCUUCUUGAUGUAGCAGAAGAAUGGGGAAUACGGGAGAACACAUCCUAUGCAGUCGGGCUUAGCAGUCCCUCUGUAAAAUCGGCAGCCUCAAAAGUGGGUUGGAAGUCUCUGCCAUGCGUAGGGCAGGUUCUUCGAGGCUGCAUUGAAGCAAUUCUUCAACACCACACAAUACAGACAACACUGGAUAGAUUCAGAAGACUCAUAGCCACUGUUUUCUCAUCAACUACUCAGAAUGAAGAGUUGACCACCCAUGGUCCCGUAUUAAAGGUGCACUUGAAAAUGUUCCUUCGUGAUGGAACUAAAUGGUACAGCAUUUACACUUUAUUGCAGAGCAUUGUUGACCAUUCCAAGUUUUUUAAAGGUCUCAUUGAAACACUGAAUGAAGACGGCAUAGCUUUGGAGUCAGGGGACUGGUCAAUUCUCCAAGAUGUCGUAGACAUCCUUAAACCUUUAGCUAUUGCUACCUCAACUUUUACCAAAGAUCAGUUUGCUGGGUUAUCCCUGGUGAAACCCGUGAUAACCAGCUUAUUGUAUAAACACUUGGCAUCUAAUGAGUGGGAUUCAGACUUUUGCAAGAACAUUAAAAAGGCCAUACACGAAGAAUUGAGUUUUAAGUAUUCCGACAGCGAGGUCAAUCAGGUUCUCAAUUUGGCAUGUGCCUUGGACCCUCGUUUUCGUGGCCUUGACUUCCUCAGCCAACCAGACCGUGUGGAGACCCUUCAUUUGCUGAAGCUCGAGGCGUCAAGUCUGGCAAAGACACAGCCAACUGAAACUGCUUGUGUUACACCUGAUCCUCAAAACACAAGGCCAGCAGCGAAAAAACCCAAGCAAGAUUCUGGCAUCGAGUUCCUCCUUGGAGACUUGUGUAGUGUAAGAAAUGCUUCAGGUAGCACAGUUAACCAGCAGGCGGAACAAGAAAUUAGUAGCUUCCAAACUAGUGAAGCUUCCUCCUUAUGCCAGGACCCGUUGCAGUGGUGGAAAAUGCAUUAUACCCAGUACCCACUUUUGGCCCGGGCAGCACGUAAACUCUUGGCCAUCCCUGCUACUUCUGUACCCACAAGCUGGCUGUUUACAGAUGCUGGCUUGACAGUUUACAGGAAGCGGUCAGCUUUGACAGCGGAGCAUGUAGAUAUGCUUGUCUUUUUAAAUGGUAAUAGAUCAAUUCUCUAAACUGGUACUGGUUGGUCUUUCACAUCUGUGCCUCUCCUCUCCCCAUCUUGGCCACCAUUUGCAAGUGGCACACUGUGUUUCCUACAGGUCUGAUCUAGUGCUUCCAGUGCUUUACCUAAUAAGAACAAGCUAUUUGUUUUUGGUCUAAACCAGUAUAUAGAUUUAAAAUAACAAUUGCUUCCUUGAUACUCAAAAAUACAUACGGAGAGAUUUGUAAAGAGUGGUGCAGAAAACUUUCUUGCAAAUUAUGCAUAUUUCUAUGCAUACUUCAAGAGUUGCUAUAGUAAUGUAUUUGAGGUUAAUAGUCUAUAUAGCAGCAAUUGUGUAGGGAAAUGGUAAAAACAAAAAAAAACACACACACAAUUACAAAAGGUAUGUGCAUAAGCAAAACGAAAUUGCAAGAAAACAAGAAAAGAAUGCAUAAAUGCCCCAAAAUAAUGCUGCCCAACUCUUUAUAAACCUUAUUUAAGGUCCAACUCUCUUCCUAAUUGAAGUUUGAUGGAGAAUUUGGAAGGAACAUAAUUGGCUAUUAUCAUUUUUACUCUUAUUUGUAUGAAUUUGCAUACCUUACAGUAUUUUAAGUUAUGCUUGCGUGGAAAGUUUUCUUUUUUGUAAAAUGUCAUCUUCUGAAAAAUGUCUUACUUUUUGUCCCGUU